UCAAACCAAUAUAACUCGAUAUAAGUCAACCACAACCAAAUGGAAGAUCAUCAUCAAGCCCUCGCCCUUCACAACGAUCAUCCAGAGCCAACUUACCGCGGGGUUCGCAGGCGCAAAUGGGGCAAAUGGGUGUCGGAAAUUCGGCAGCCAGGGACCAAAACAAGAAUAUGGCUCGGCAGCUAUGAGACACCGGAAAUGGCGGCUGCAGCCUACGACGUUGCAGCAUUGCACCUAAGAGGACGCGCGGCGCACCUCAACUUUCCCGAACUGGCGGAGAGCCUCCCUAGGCCAGCGAGUUCCACCUCUGAAGACGUUCAAAUAGCGGCUCAGCAGGCUGCUUUGAGGUUCAGAAGAUCACCGAAUGGUGGAGGCGAAAGUGUAAGUAAAGUUGAAAGUAAUUUAGGACCAGUAAGAGUUGGAUUGUCGCCGAGUCAGAUACAGGCCAUCAAUGAGUCGCCAUUGGAUUCGCCGAAGAUGUGGAUGGAGUUGGGAGCAGGAACAUUUUUCUUGGGUGAGCAAAUGGAUGGGGGGUUUUGUGAAAAUUUUCAAAGUUUUAGUAGUGAAUGGGCAGAUGAUGAAGAUAUGCAGCUUGUUCAGUCUAUAUGGGAUUAUUAAUUCAUUAAUUAAUUAAUCAUAAGUCAUAACAUUUUCGUGAAAAUAUAUUAAUUAGUAGUAAUUAGUAGAUAUUAAUUUCAAUCAUUCAUCCAAAAGGGGGGAAAUUAAUAAAAAUAUAUGAAUUUAUUUCUGAAUCAAAUGAAAUUGAUGAGUUGUUUUUUUUUUCUAACUCAUUUAGUGUGUAAAAGAUGUGCAAUUUUUCUGUGUACUACUUGCUAUUGAGAACAGUGCAAAAAAAUGUGCAUCUGUCUCUAAU